AUACGUUCUCAAAAACGCACAUUUAUUCUCUGUGAGAGGUGCAGACUCUUGUCUGCUCUACCCCAUCGUAACCCUGUCACUCCCGGCGGGAACCAUGGCCUUCGUGCCGACCCCCAGCCCAACGGUGGUGGACCAGACCACCCUCAUGAAGAAGUACCUGCAGUUCGUGGCAGCCCUCACAGACAACAACACCCCUGAUGAAACAAAGUUGAAGAUGAUGCAGGAGGUCAGCGAGAACUUUGAGAAUGUGACAUCAUCACCACAGUACUCCACCUUCCUGGAACACAUCAUCCCUCGCUUCCUUACCUUCCUCCAGGACGGAGAGGUGCAGUUCCUGCAGGAGAAGCCCACACAGCAACUGAGGAAGCUGGUGCUGGAGAUCAUCCACCGGAUCCCAACUAAUGAACACCUGAGACCUCACACCAAGAACAUUCUGUCUGUCAUGUUUCGCUUCCUGGAGAUUGAGAGCGAGGAGAACGUGCUGAUAUGCCUGCGUAUUAUCAUUGAACUGCACAAACAGUUCCGUCCACAGAUCUCUCAAGAGAUCCAUCACUUUCUGGACUUUGUGAAGCAGAUCUAUAAGGAGCUGCCUAAAGUAGUGGCUCGGUACUUUGAGAAUCCCCAGGUGAUAGCUGAGAACACUGUGCCUUCUCCUGAGAUGGUGGGCAUGAUCACCUCGGUGUUGGUGAAGACCGCCCCCGAGAGGGAGGACAGUGAAACACGCACACACACCAUCAUCCCACGGGGGUCCCUGUCCCUGAAGGUGCUGGCUGAGCUGCCUAUCAUAGUGGUGCUCAUGUACCAGCUGUAUAAACUGAACAUCCAUAACGUGGUAUCUGAGUUUGUCCCCCUCAUCAUGAACACUAUCAUGCUGCAGGUUUCUCCCCAGGCCAGGCAACACAAGCUGUAUAACAAGGAGCUGUAUGCUGAUUUUAUCGCUGCUCAGAUCAAGACACUGUCCUUCCUGGCCUACAUCAUCCGCAUUUACCAGGACCUGGUAGGGAAGUACUCCCAGCAGAUGGUAAAGGGCAUGCUGCAGCUGCUCACCAACUGUCCCUCUGAGACAGCCCAUCUACGCAAGGAACUGCUCAUCGCUGCCAAACACAUCCUCACCACAGACCUGCGCAGCCAGUUCAUCCCUUGCAUGGACAAACUUUUUGAUGAGUCCAUACUGAUCGGGUCUGGCUACACAGCCCGGGAGACACUGAGACCACUGGCCUACAGCACGCUGGCAGACCUGGUGCACCACGUGCGUCAGAACCUGCCUCUCACAGACCUGUCUCUGGCCGUGCAGCUGUUUGCCAAGAACAUAGAUGACGAGUCUCUCCCCAGCAGCAUCCAGACCAUGUCCUGCAAACUGCUGCUUAACCUGGUCGACUGCAUCCGCUCCAAGAGUGAACAGGAGAACGGCAACGGCCGGGACAUACUGAUGAGAAUGCUGGAAGUGUUUGUGCUGAAGUUCCACACCAUCGCUCGCUACCAGCUCGCCACCAUCUUCAAGAAGUGCAAGCCCCAGUCAGAGAUGGGCGUGGUCGAAUCAGGGGCGCUACCCGGGGUCCCCACAACUCCUGCCCUCCCAGCCACCCCUGUCCUCCCUGCCCUGCCUCCCCUUGCGCCCCCUAACCCUGUCACUCCCGCCCCUCCCGCCCCCACCACCCCCUUCGACCGGCUGGGAGAGAAGGAGGACAAGCAGACAUUCCAGGUGUCGGACUGUCGCAGCCUGGUGAAGACGCUGGUCUGUGGGGUGAAGACCAUCACCUGGGGAAUCACUUCCUGCAAGGCUCCUGGAGAGGCCCAGUUCAUUCCUAACAAGCAGCUUCAGCCCAAGGAGACUCAGAUCUACAUCAAGCUGGUGAAAUACGCCAUGCAGGCCUUGGACAUCUACCAGGUACAGAUUGCCAACAACCAGCAGACGUACAUCAGAGUGGCCAACUGUCAGACGGUGCGUAUGAAGGAGGAGAAGGAGGUGCUGGAGCACUUUGCUGGGGUCUUCACGAUGAUGAACCCCCUCACCUUCAAGGAGAUCUUCCAGACCACAGUCCCUUACAUGGUGGAGAGGAUCUCCAAGAACUACGCCUUGCAGAUCGUGGCUAACUCGUUCCUUGCUAACCUGUCGACGUCAGUCCUGUUUGCCACCAUCCUGGUUGAGUACCUUCUGGAAAGACUACCUGAGAUGGGCUCCAACGUAGAGCUGUCCAACCUCUACCUCAAGCUAUUCAAACUGGUCUUCGGCUCUGUCUCGCUGUUCGCUGCUGAGAACGAGCAGAUGCUCAAGCCUCACCUCCACAAGAUAGUGAACAGCUCCAUGGAACUGGCCCAGUCUGCUAAGGAACCAUACAACUACUUCCUGCUUCUCAGGGCUCUCUUCCGUUCCAUUGGUGGAGGCAGCCAUGACCUGCUUUACCAGGAGUUCCUGCCCCUACUACCCAACCUGCUGCAGGGCCUCAACAUGCUCCAGAGUGGUCUCCAUAAGCAGCACAUGAAGGAUCUGUUUGUGGAGCUGUGUCUGACAGUGCCUGUGAGGCUGAGCUCCCUGCUGCCCUACCUGCCCAUGCUGAUGGACCCGCUGGUCUCUGCUCUGAAUGGCUCCCAGACGCUGGUCAGCCAGGGCCUCCGCACCCUGGAGCUCUGUGUGGACAACCUGCAGCCAGACUUCCUCUACGAUCAUAUACAGCCCGUCAGAGCAGAGCUUAUGCAGGCGUUGUGGCGGACGCUGCGUAACCCAGCGGAGACCAUCAGCCAUGUGGCGUACCGAGUGCUGGGGAAGUUUGGCGGCAGCAACAGGAAGAUGCUGAAAGAAUCCCAGAGACUACAGUACGUGGUGACUGAGGUCCAGGGACCCAGCAUCAAGGCAGAGUUCACUGACUGCAAGGCCUCUAUACAGCUGCCCAUGGAGAAGGCUAUAGAGACUGCUCUGGAUUGUCUAAAGAGUGCCAACACGGAGCCGUACUACAGACGACAGGCCUGGGAGGUCAUCAAGUGUUUCCUGGUUGCCAUGACAAGCCUGGACGACAACAAACACGCCCUGUACCAGCUACUUGCUCACCCCAAUUUCACAGAGAAGUGGAUUCCUAGUGUGAUCAUCUCCCACCGCUACAAGGCCCAGGACACGCCGGCCCGCAGGACUUUUGAACAGGCACUGACCGGUGCAUUCAUGUCUGCUGUCAUUAAGGACCUCCGCCCCAGCGCUCUGCCCUUUGUGGCCAGCCUCAUCAGACACUACACCAUGGUGGCUGUCGCUCAGCAGUGUGGUCCGUUCUUGCUGCAGUGCUACCAGUUGGGCAGCCAGCCCAACACAGCUAUGUUCCACAGUGAGGAGAAUGGUUCUAAGGGCAUGGAUCCGCUGGUUCUGAUCGACGCCAUCGCCAUCUGCAUGGCCUACGAGGAAAAGGAGCUGUGUAAAAUAGGAGAGGUGGCUCUGGCUGUUAUCUUCGACGUAGCCUCCAUCAUCCUGGGGUCCAAGGAGAGGGCGUGCCAGCUGCCUCUGUUCUCCUACAUCGUGGAGCGUCUGUGUGCAUGCUGCUAUGAGCAGGCCUGGUACGCCAAGCUGGGCGGGGUGGUGUCCAUUAAGUUCCUGAUGGAGAGACUACCUCUCAUCUGGGUCUUGCAGAACCAACUCACCUUCCUCAAGGCUCUGCUCUUCGUCAUGAUGGACCUCACUGGAGAGGUGUCUAAUGGUGCAGUAGCCAUGGCCAAGACCACUCUGGAGCAGCUCCUGGUUCGUUGUGCCACCCCUCUGAAGGAUGAGGAGAAGACUGAGGAGCUGCUGGCUGCUCAGGACAAGUCCUUCCACAUGGUCACCCAUGACCUGGUGAGAGAGGUCACCUCCCCCAACUCCACGGUCAGGAAGCAGGCCAUGCACUCCCUGCAGGUGCUAGCUCAGGUCACCGGGAAGAGUGUCACCAUCAUCAUGGAGCCGCACAAAGAGGUGUUACAGGACAUGAUCCCCCCUAAGAAACACCUGCUGCGUCACCAGCCGGCCAACGCCCAGAUCGGCCUGAUGGAGGGCAAUACCUUCUGCACUACCCUGCAGCCACGCCUCUUUACCAUGGACCUCAACGUCAUGGAGCACAAGGUCUUCUACACAGAGCUGUUGAACCUGUGUGAGGCAGAGGACGCUGCUCUGAUGAAACUGCCCUGCUAUAAGAGCCUGCCCUCUCUAGUUCCCCUGCGCAUCGCUGCACUUAAUGCCCUGGCAGCUUGUAACUACCUGCCUCAGUCCAGAGAGAAGAUCAUUGCUGCACUGUUCAAAGCCCUCAACUCUACCAACUCUGAACUGCAGGAGGCAGGAGAGGCCUGUAUGAGGAAGUUCCUGGAAGGGGCCACCAUCGAGGUGGACCAGAUCCACACCCACAUGCGCCCUCUGUUGAUGAUGCUGGGGGACUACCGCAGUCUGACCCUCAACGUGGUCAACCGCCUCACCUCGGUCACACGCCUCUUCCCUAACUCCUUCAACGACAAGUUCUGUGACCAGAUGAUGCAACACCUUAGGAAGUGGAUGGAGGUGGUAGUCAUAACUCACAAGGGAGGCCAGCGCAGCGACGGCAGUCCUGCAUUGGAGGGCGUUGAGGAGAUGAAGAUAUGUUCGGCCAUUAUCAACCUAUUCCACCUGAUCCCAGCAGCUCCUCAGACUCUGGUCAAACCUCUGCUGGAAGUGGUCAUGAAGACCGAGCGGGCCAUGCUUAUAGAGGCUGGCAGUCCGUUCAGGGAGCCCCUGAUCAAGUUCCUGACGCGUCACCCAUCCCAGACCGUAGAGCUGUUCAUGAUGGAGGCCACACUCAAUGACCCACAGUGGAGCCGCAUGUUCAUGAGUUUCCUGAAGCAUAAAGAAGCCAAGCCCCUGAGGGACGUGCUAGCCUCCAACCCGAGCCGCUUCGCCCCCCUGCUGGUCCCUGCUGGUACCGCAGCCACCGCUAGACCUGGGUCCCCCUCCACCAACACAGCCCGGCUUGACCUGCAGUUCCAGGCCAUCAAGAUUAUCAGCAUCAUAGUGAAGAAUGAGGAGGGCUGGUUGGCGGGCCAGCACUCUCUGGUCAGCCAGCUUAGACGGGUCUGGGUCAGCGAGGCCUUCCAGGAACGACACCGCAAAGACAACAUGGCCGCCAUCAACUGGAAGGAGCCCAAGCUGCUGGCCUACUGCCUGCUCAGCUACUGCAAACGAAACUUCAAUGAGAUCGAGCUGCUGUUCCAGCUGCUGAGGGCGUUCACGGGUCGUUUCCUGUGCAACAUGACCUUCCUAAAGGACUACAUGGAGGAGGAGAUCCCUAAGAACUACAGCAUCGCUCACAAACGAGCCCUCUUCUUCCGCUUCGUAGAGUUCAACGACCCACACUUCAACGAUGAGCUCAAAGCCAAGGUGUUGCAGCACAUCCUGAAUCCAGCGUUCCUGUACAGCUUUGAGAAGGGGGAGGGGGAGCAGCUUCUGGGACCGCCCAACCCAGAGGGAGACAACUCCGAGAGCAUCACAAGCGUCUUCAUCACCAAGGUCCUGGAUCCAGAAAAGCAGGCAGACCUCCUAGAUUCCCUCCGUAUCUACCUGCUCCAGUUCUCUACUCUCCUGGUGGAGCACGCCCCCCACCACAUCCACGACAACAACAAGUCCCGGAACAGCAAGCUGCGGCGCCUCAUGACCUUCGCCUGGCCAUGCCUGCUGCCCAAGGCCUGUGUUGACCCUGCCUGCAAGUACAGCGGCCACCUACUCCUGGCACACAUCAUCGCCAAGUUCGCCAUCCACAAGAAGAUCGUACUGCAGGUGUUCCAUAGCCUGCUGAAGGCCCACACUAUGGAGGCCAGGGCUAUCGUCCGCCAGGCUAUGGCCAUCUUGACCCCGGCCGUGCCAGCCCGCAUGGAGGAUGGACACCAGAUGCUGACCCACUGGACACGCAAGAUCAUCGUGGAGGAGGGACACACCGUCCCUCAACUUGUCCAUAUACUGCACCUUAUCGUCCAGCACUUCAGAGUGUACUACCCGGUGCGUCACCACCUGGUGCAGCACAUGAUCAGUGCCAUGCAGCGUCUGGGCUUCACCCCCAGUGUGACUAUUGAACAGAGGAAGCUGGCUGUGGACCUGGCUGAGGUUGUCAUCAAGUGGGAACUACAGAGGAUCAAAGACGCACUGCCGGAGGCGGAAGGGGCCGACCCAGGUGGUAGUGGAGAGGGGACCAGUGCAGGCGGUACUGGGGGGGUGAAGAGAGGCCUCUCCAUGGACUCUGCUGCCGGACAGGACGUCAAGAGGUUCCGUACCGCCACUGGAGCUGUCGCCGCGGUAACACCGCCCAGCACUAGUGUGUUUGGCCGCAGUACAUCCAUGCCGGUAACAGAGACUCUCCUCACCAAGCCAGUGGAGAAACAACACACAGACACGGUGGUCAACUUCCUCAUCCGCAUCGCCUGCCAGGUCAAUGACAGUGCCAACGUGGCGGGGUCUCCAGGUGAGCUCCUGUCCCGUCGCUGUGUAAGCCUGAUGAAGACUGCCCUCCGCCCUGACAUGUGGCCCAGAGCUGAGCUCAAACUACAGUGGUUUGACAAACUCCUCAUGACUGUGGAGCAGCCAGCCCAGGCUAACUUCUCUAACAUCUGUACUGGCCUGGAGAUCCUGUGCUUCCUGCUGACGGUACUCCAGUCCCCAGCCAUCCUUACCCACUUCAAGCCCCUCCAGAGGGGCAUUGCUGCCUGCAUGACCUGCGGCAACACCAAAGUCCUGCGGGCCGUUCACUCCCUGCUAUCCAGACUGAUGAGCGUAUUCCCCACCGAGCCCAGCACGUCAACUGUGGCAUCUAAGUAUGAGGAGUUGGAGUGUCUGUAUGCAGCGGUGGGGAAAGUAAUCUACGAGGGCCUCACCAACUAUGAAAAGGCCACCAGUAGUGCUAACCCAACACAGCUGUUUGGUACGUUGAUGAUUCUGAAGUCGGCUUGUAGUUACAACUCCAGCUACAUUGACAGGCUCAUCUCUGUGUUCAUGCGCUCGCUGCAAAAGAUGGUCCGAGAACACCUCAGUCCCCAGCAGGCCACCCCCGGGCCCACCGAGGCCAGCACAGUGACUAGUGAACUAGUGAUGCUGUCUCUGGACCUGGUGAAGAGUCGUCUGUCCGUCAUGUCCAUUGAGAUGAGGAAGAACUUCAUCCAAGUCAUCCUCACGUCGCUCAUCGAGAAGUCGCCUGAUGCCAAGAUCCUCCGCGCCAUCGUCAAGAUCGUGGAGGAGUGGGUUAAGAACAACUCCCCCAUGGCAGCAAACCAGAUGCCCAAUCUUCGUGAGAAGUCCAUUCUGCUGGUAAAGAUGAUGACCUAUAUAGAGAAGCGUUUCCCUGAUGACCUUGAGUUAAACGCCCAAUUUCUGGACCUCGUUAAUUACGUUUACAGGGACGAGAGUCUCUCAGGAAGUGACAUCACGUCGAAGUUGGAGCCAGCCUUUCUGUCGGGUCUGCGUUGCGCCCAGCCUCUGAUCAGGGCUAAGUUCUUUGAGGUGUUUGACCUCUCCAUGAAGAGACGUGUCUACGAGAGGCUACUCUACAUCUGCUGCUCUCAGAACUGGGAGGCCAUGAGCAGCCACUUCUGGAUCAAACAAUGCAUAGAGCUGCUGCUGGCGGUGUGUGAGCGUAACAGCAUCAUCGGGACCAGCUGCCAGGGCUCCAUGCUCCCAUCCAUCACAAACGUCAUCAAUCUGGCCGACAGCCACGACCGUGCCGCCUUCGCCAUGGCAACCCACAUCAAGCAAGAGCCCAGAGAGAGGGAGAACAGCGAGACCAAGGAGGAGGAUGUGGAGAUCGACAUAGAGCUAGCCCCAGGGGACCAGACAGCCAUCCCCAAGAACAAGGAGCAGGCAGAGAAAGACACAGGCAACCAGCUGCACAUGCUCACCAACCGCCACGACAAGUUCCUCGAUUCCCUUAGAGAGGUCAAGACGGGGGCGCUGCUGAACGCCCUGGUCCAGCUGUGUCACAUCUCCACCCCCUUGGCUGAGAAGACCUGGGUACAGCUGUUCCCUCGACUGUGGAAGAUCCUCUCUGACCGACAGCAACACGCCCUGUCAGGUGAGAUGAGUCCUUUCCUGUGCAGUGGGAGCCACCAGGCUCAGAGGGACUGCCAGCCCAGUGCCCUCAACUGCUUCGUGGAGGCAAUGUCCCAGUGUGUGCCCCCUAUCCCCAUCAGGCCCUGUGUGUUGAAGUACCUGGGGAAGACUCACAAUCUGUGGCUGCGCUCCACUCUGAUGCUGGAACAGCAGGCCUUUGAGAAGGGCCUCAGCCUUCACAGCAAGCCCAAACAGAGCACCAACGAGUUCUACGAACAGGAGAGCAUCACUCCACCACAACAGGAGAUCCUGGACUCCCUGGCAGAGUUGUACUCUCUACUGCAGGAGGAGGACAUGUGGGCGGGGCUGUGGCAGAAACGCUGCAAGUUCCCAGAGACCUCCACGGCUAUUGCCUACGAGCAGCACGGCUUCUUCGAACAGGCCCAGGAGAGCUAUGAGAAGGCCAUGGAAAAAGCCAGGAAGGAACACGAGAGGAGCAACGCCUCUCCUGCCAUCUUACCGGAGUACCAACUCUGGGAGGACCACUGGAUACGCUGUUCUAAAGAGUUGAACCAGUGGGAGCCUCUGACAGAGUACGGCCAGUCGAAAGGCAACAGCAACCCCUACCUGGUACUGGAGUGUGCCUGGAGAGUCUCCAACUGGGGCGCCAUGAAGGAAGCGCUGGUACAGGUGGAGAUGAGUUGUCCUAAGGAGAUGGCGUGGAAGGUGAACAUGCACCGUGGUUACCUGGCUAUCUGCCAUCCAGAGGAGCAGCAGCUCAACUUCAUAGAACGGCUGGUGGAGAUGGCCUCCAGUCUGGCCAUACGGGAGUGGAGGAGACUGCCUCACAUCGUGUCCCAUGUACACACACCACUACUUCAGGCUGCCCAGCAGAUCAUCGAGCUCCAGGAGGCGGCACAGAUCAACGCCGGACUGCAGCCAGCUAACCUGGGCCGUAACACCAGCCUCCACGACAUGAAAACUGUGGUGAAGACCUGGAGGAACAGGCUGCCCAUCGUCUCUGAUGACCUCUCCCACUGGAGCAGCAUCUUCAUGUGGCGGCAGCACCACUACCAGGCCAUCGUGACGGCGUAUGAGACCAACACGCAGCACGACCCCAACACCAGCAAUGCCAUGCUGGGGGUCCACGCCUCCGCCUCUGCCAUCAUCCAAUAUGGCAAGAUAGGACGCAAACAGGGUCUUGUGAACGUGUCUCUGGACAUCCUGAGUCGUAUCCACACCAUCCCCACGGUGCCCAUCAUAGACUGCUUCCAGAAGAUCCGCCAGCAGGUCAAAUGUUACCUGCAGCUGGCAGGGGUCAUGGGCAAGAACGAGUGUAUGCAGGGUCUGGAGGUGAUAGAGUCAACCAACCUGAAGUACUUCACCAAGGAGAUGACCGCUGAGUUCUACGCUCUCAAAGGCAUGUUCCUGGCUCAGAUCAACAAAUCAGAGGAGGCCAACAAAGCGUUCUCGGCAGCGGUCCAGAUGCAUGAUGUCCUAGUGAAGGCCUGGGCCAUGUGGGGGGACUACCUGGAGAACAUCUUCGUUAAGGAGCGCCAGCUGCACCUGGGUGUCUCCGCCCUCACCUGCUACUUGCAUGCCUGCCGACAUCAGAACGAGAGCAAGUCACGCAAGUACCUGGCCAAGGUGCUGUGGCUGCUGAGCUUUGAUGACAAGAACACCCUGGCGGAUGCUGUGGACAAGUACUGCAUCGGAGUGCCGCCCAUCCAGUGGUUGGCAUGGAUACCACAGCUCCUGACCUGCCUGGUGGGGUCAGAGGGCAAACCCCUGCUCAACCUCAUCAGCCAGGUGGGACGAGUGUACCCCCAGGCAGUCUACUUCCCCAUCCGCACCCUCUACCUGACGCUCAAGAUCGAGCAGAGGGAACGCUACAAGAGCGACUCGGGCCAGCAGCAGCCCAGUUCGGUGGGGGCCCAGACCCACUCGGCGUCUGACCCGGGCCCCAUCAGGGCCACGGCCCCUAUGUGGCGCUGCAGCAGGAUCAUGCACAUGCAGCGAGAGCUGCACCCCACCCUGCUCUCCUCUCUGGAGGGUAUUGUGGACCAGAUGGUCUGGUUCAGAGAGAACUGGCACGAAGAGGUCCUGAGACAGCUCCAGCAGGGUCUGUUUAAGUGCUACUCGGUGGCGUUCGAGAAGAGCGGUGCCGUGUCGGACGCCAAGAUCACGCCGCACACGCUGAACUUCGUCAAGAAGCUGGUGAGCACUUUUGGCGUGGGGCUGGAGAACGUCUCCAACGUUUCCACCAUGUUCUCCAGCGCGGCGUCCGAGUCGCUCGCCCGCCGAGCCCAGGCCACCGCCCAGGACCCGGUCUUCCAGAAGAUGAAGGGACAGUUCACCACAGACUUUGACUUCAGCGUGCCUGGCUCCAUGAAGCUCCACAACCUCAUCUCUAAGCUCAAGAAGUGGAUCAAGAUCCUGGAGGCCAAGACCAAGCAGCUGCCCAAGUUCUUCCUGAUCGAGGAGAAGUGCCGCUUCCUUAGCAACUUCUCAGCCCAGACCGCCGAGGUGGAGAUCCCUGGGGAGUUCCUCAUGCCCAAACCCACACACUAUUACAUCAAGAUCGCACGGUUCAUGCCCAGAGUGGAGAUAGUCCAGAAACACAACACGGCAGCACGACGUCUCUACAUCAGAGGUCACAAUGGGAAGAUCUACCCCUACCUGGUGAUGAACGAUGCCUGUCUGACUGAGUCCCGCAGGGAGGAGAGGGUCCUGCAGCUACUGAGGCUGCUCAACCCCUGUCUGGAGAAGAGGAAGGAGACCACCAAGAGACACCUCUUCUUUACUGUCCCCAGGGUGGUAGCUGUGUCUCCUCAGAUGCGUCUGGUAGAGGACAACCCAUCAUCUCUGUCUCUGGUGGAGAUCUAUAAGCAACGCUGUGCCAAGAAAGGCAUUGAGCAUGACAACCCCAUCUCACGCUACUACGACCGCCUGGCUACUGUACAGGCUAGAGGCACACAGGCCAGCCACCAGGUGCUGCGUGACAUUCUGAAGGAGGUGCAGGGGAACAUGGUACCUCGCAGCAUGCUGAGGGAGUGGGCGUUACACACCUUCCCCAACGCUACAGACUACUGGACCUUCAGAAAGAUGUUCACCAUCCAGCUGUCUCUCAUCGGCCUGGCUGAAUUCAUGUUACACCUCAACCGCCUCAACCCUGAGAUGCUGCAAAUAGCACAGGACACGGGGAAGCUGAAUGUGUCUUACUUCCGCUUCGACAUCAACGAUGCCACUGGUGAUCUGGACGCCAACCGGCCCGUGCCCUUCCGUCUGACGCCCAACAUCUCAGAGUUCCUGACCACCAUCGGCGUCUCUGGCCCCCUCACCGCCUCCAUGAUCGCUGUGGCACGCUGCUUUGCUCAACCAAACUUCAAGGUGGAUGGCAUCCUGAAGGCGGUGCUCCGUGACGAGAUCAUCGCGUGGCACAAGAAGACCCAGGAGGACACGUCCAUGCCCCUGUCCCCAGCAGGCCAGCCUGAGAACAUGGACUCCCAGCAGCUAGUGUCCCUGGUGCAGAAGGCUGUGACUGCCAUCAUGACCAGGCUCCACAACCUGGCCCAGUUCGAGGGAGGGGAGUCAAAGGUCAACACCCUGGUGGCUGCUGCCAACAGCCUGGACAACCUCUGUCGCAUGGACCCUGCCUGGCACCCCUGGCUAUAAGGGGGGAGAGGAGAUGCCUGGCAGCCCUGGUUGUGAGGGGGAGAAGAGAGGGGGGAAAGAUUAAGAAGACAAUGGACAUGAUAAAACCUAUGAAAUGAGGGGGUUCUAAUGCACAUUAUAAACAGGGUGGUUUGAACCCUGGAUGCUGAUUGACAGACAGCCGUGGUAUAUCAGACCUUAUACCACGGGUAUGACAAAUAUUUAUUUUUACUGACCUAAUUAUGUUGGUGACCAGUUUAUGAUAGUAAUAAGGCACCUCCGUGGUUGGUGGCGUAUGUCCAAUAUACUGAACCGGGGCUAAGGGCUAUGUCCAAGCACGCCUCGUUGCGUAAUGCCUAAGAACUGCCCUAGCUGUGGUAUUUUGGCCAUAUACCACACCUUAUUGCUUAUGCUGCUCACACAACCAUAAGAUGUCAUCAUUGGCCACUGAAUAGCGUGACAGGCGCCUUUCACUAUUGAGCCACAGAAAAGAGGAAAUCAUAAGAUGUAAACUGGAAGUGAAGAAAAUGCUUUUGUCAUGUAGAAAUGGUUCUGUCAGGUAUUAUUUUUGAAGAGGGCUUCCUGGUCUCAAGUUGAAAGGAUGCAGCAAUUUACUGUAGCAAGCAAACAAAGCAAGGGAACGAUGUAGCGAAGUUGAGUGCUGCAGAACCAGUCAGGUACCCAUGUUAUCAGGAAAUAGCCUGGUAAAACCAGUCUGGACACGUUCAGUCUUGUUUAACCAGGCUAAUCAGGAAACUCACUAUGAUGGAGAAACUAAGGCACUCGAACCAAAUGUAGUCUGACACGUGUUUAUUCUGCAUCACCGCUCUCUGUACUUGACUUACUGUGUGUUGUGUAUAUCAUCCCUCCAUGAAAAUGGAACAGUCCAGGGAGUAUUGGAGAAAGUACAGUACUGUUUUAUAAUGCUCAUUUUGUGUAGAGGUCAUAAGAUUUUCAGUUGACGUUGUAAUAGUCUCAACGAGUCUUUUCUAAGUUUACAAGUUGACUCCAGUGAAUCAACGUAAUGUUAAACAUAUUCUAAGUCCUUUUUGAGUUUGUAUUAUUAUUUAAAUACCAAAUUAUGUGUUUGACAUUUUUUUAUAUAUCCCUAAAAAAUGUAGAAUAUAAUGCUCUUGUGAAUAAUUAUGCUGUGACAUUCCUUUUCACUGCCUGGAGUGUGUGUACUGUACAAUGUCCGAGCUACUCAAAAGCCAUUUUUACUUUAGGUUUUCGUUCUAUUGCAGCUGUCAGAAGUCUAGAUGAGGAUAUUUUUUUUUUUUACGCUAAUUGAAUUCCCUUUAGCACAACUGUCUUGCACUCAAGCGUUCAGGUUCAAGACUGUACUCCGUAAGCAGUAUCUAUACAUACAGCAUCUCUGUAGUAGCCUAUAUGGGCUACACUGACAUGUUUUUUGUAUGCGUUAUCCCCCAUUUUUUUGUAAAGGUACAGUGCUUUUCGACCAACUGAAGGAUUGUUACCUCCUGCCUUGUAAAUAUGCAUUUUGUUUUAAUAAAAUGCUCUUUUAAAUAA